AUGAAGACCUUGCUCCUACUACUGCUAGCGUGCACCCUCACACCCAGCGCCGUGUUCGGCCAUGGUUACAUCGUCAACCCUGAAAUGACGUGGGUGGUCAAUCCGUUCUAUGACAAAAAUGCCCCUGCCGCAUUCUACGACGCCAGCUCCACGUUCGGCCAGAACCCCCUCGACAUUUAUCCCAAUCUUAGGCACAUCGUCGCCCAGGACACUCCGUACACGAACAUCCCUCUGAUCGCGGCGAACGCGAACAAGAAUUGCGGCAUGACGAGCACGACUGGCCCAACACGCACGAUUUCCGGGUAUCUUAAGUUCGAUGUGGAUCCUUCAGCACUUCACGAGGGUCCAUGCGAAGUUUGGGUAGACGACGUCCGAACGAUGGUGGCGAGGUCAUGCAAGACAACGUAUACCGGGAGGCCCUGGAACAUUCCUGUUGAUAUGACGAAGUGUACAGGCAGCACGUGCGUCGUUCAGUUCAUCUGGAUUGGCACUCAUAACCCAACCUACGAAGUCUUUAAAAACUGUUUCCCGGUUGCAUCUGGAACGACCACUAGCCAAGCCCCAAGUACUCAAGCGCCGACUACCCAAGCACCGGCAACACAAGCUCCAACUACCUCACCAACGUCAUGUACCAACGUCGCUCAGAAUGGUGGUACAUGUGGUGCUUCAAACGGUAACAAAUACUGCCCCGGUACGCAAUGUUGUAGCCAGUAUGGUUACUGUGGCGUCGGCACUGCGUGGUGUAGCUCAAACCCGAACUCAAUUUACAACGGUAACGGUAAAUGCUCAGGGGGUGGUACGGUGGCCUGUUCUCCGGUGGCCCCCUACGGAGGCAGUUGUGGCGCCAGCAAUGGAGGCGUGUACUGUCCGGGCUCCCAGUGCUGUAGCCAAUAUGGCUACUGUGGAGUGGGGUCACCAUGGUGCGACAACAACCCCAACUCCAUCUACAACGGAGGAAACUGCGCCUAGUGCUUUUCGUGUGCUGCAGAAGUACAGUCAACUAUCCAAGCAUCGUACAAGUUUGCAUCUACAAAUUACGUUUUUUUAACUGGGUCCACAAAAAGG